AAUUUUCAGUUUAAUUUAUUCCGAAUAUUCCAAUCAGUUGCCAAGUUAUAUUCCAGUUCAUUUUUAACGUGCUCCAAGAUAUAAAGUUAAAUUUAGUAAAGGUACCAGUCACGCAAGUAAAAUGUUUCCCAAUGAGAGUACUCUGAAACCAACUGAUGAAAGUGUUCAAGAAAAUAAAAAAAGACAGAUAGAAGAUAAUGACAAUAAUGAAGAUCCGAAAAAAAUGAAAAAAACUGAACGGGUCAAAAAACGGAAUUUUGCUUUAUUACUAGGAUACUUAGGUAAAGAUUAUUAUGGCAUGCAAAGAAAUCCCAACAUGAAAACGAUCGAAGAAGAUCUAUUCACAGCAUUGCUUAAAGCUGAUUUGAUUGACCAAGAAUCGUUUGAAACAAUUCAAUACACUCAUUUUCAAAGAGCUGCGAGAACCGAUAAGGGAGUAUCUGCGACUCGACAAAUUUGUUCCGUAAAAUUACCUGAACAUUCUAAAAUAGAAGAUAUAAAUAAGUAUUUACCAAAACAAAUACGAGUUUUUGGUUUAAAAAGAGUCACAAAAGGAUUUAAUAGUAAAGGACAGUGUAAUGCGAGGACUUAUACUUAUACUCUUCCAACUUUUGCAUUUGCACCCGACGAUCCUUCGAUUAUCGCUAUAACUCCAACUGACGAGGAUAUUCAGAAACGAAUUGAAAAACUUUCAGUAAUUGACGGAAAACCAUUCACUGAUUUUCGCAUGACACCCGAGUUACUUGAAAAAGUAAAUUCCGUUUUACAAUUAUAUUGCGGAACACAUAAUUUUCAUAAUUUCACAUCUAAAGUGAGACCGUUUGAUCCAAGGGCCAUGAGAUACAUUAUUAAAUGUCAUUGUUUAGAAACUCAUGUGACAAACAAUAUUGAAUUUGCAACAAUUUUAAUAAAAGGACAAAGUUUUAUGCUUCAUCAGAUCAGGAAAAUGAUGGCACUUGCAAUUGGUGUAGUAAGAAAUCUUAUUUCAGAAGAAACUUUAGAAGAAUGUUUUAAGCCCGAAAAACGUGAAGUUCCUACUGCUCCAAGUUUAGGAUUAGUUCUUAAUCAUGUUCAUUAUGACACUUAUAAUAAAAGAUAUGGAUCCGAUGGACUUCACGAAAAAUUAGAGUGGGAUGAAUGUGAUAGUCAAAUUCAGAAAUUUCACGAAGAUUUUAUUUUACGACAUAUUGAAGAAACUGAAAUCGAAAAUCAAUCAAUGUUACUUUGGCUCGGAGAGAUAGCUCGCAGUAAAAUUGGUCAAAAAAUGGAUCUGAAUCGUGAUGAAGAAGAAAAUGAAGAAGAUGAAAAGGAAGAAACGAAGGUGGAAGCGACUUCAUAAUAAAUUUUUUGUUACUUUUUUUAGUUUUUACAAUAAAUAAGAAUAAAUAUUGAUCAUAAACUUAGACAAAAUUAUUGUUAGUUUUUAACUUGAUGUUAGUCUCCUUUUAUCAAAGGAUAUAAAAUUAUACAAAAAAUCGAGCAUUUUUUUCAAAAACUUAAGUAUAUAUUUUUAUUGUGAAUAGUCUAUGAAUUUUUUAUUUUAAUUUUGUACUAACACAAAAGAUUUAUAAACAUAUAUUAUCGAUAAUGAAUGAUUUAUUCUUCAAUAUACACUCUAUAACACUCUAUAAUACAUAAGUCAAAGGAAUGAUUAAAAAGUGGAAGCUCAAAUAAAAUAUCUUUAUGAAAAUAA